AUGGCUACAGAGUCCGGACUGACGAAGAACCAGCGGCGGCGACUUAAGAAGCGCGCGCAGAAACAGGCCGAAGCCAAUGGCGUCCAACUGGCGGCCGGUUCUCAGCCCAUGACAGCGACGCCCAAGCGAACGGACGUCGCAUCUCCGGUGGACGUCGAAGUGGAGUACGUGAGCGCCGACCCGAGCAAGGAGCUCGCGCUUGUCCAGGACGAUCCAGUGUACGAGGAAAUGCUGCGCGUGCUCAGCAAGUUUUCAUCGGCGGAGGAGCUCUGUGGCACCACGGACAACGAGGACGGUCAUGAUGAUGAGAAAAGUAGAGUGGAGAAAGGCGUGGAUAGUGACGUGGUGAAAGAUGGAGAAGGGGAGGAAGAGAGAGAGGAAGAUGAACAAGUGCUGUCGAGGAAAGCUCGGAAGAAGAGUAAGCGACUUAGCGUCGCGGAGCUCAAGCAGCUCGUCUCGUAUCCGGAUGUAGUAGAAGCUCAUGAUGUCACGUCGGCGGAUCCACGUCUUUUGGUCUACUUGAAGUCGUAUCGGAAUACGGUACCCGUGCCUCAUCACUGGUGCCACAAGCGCAAGUAUCUGCAGGGCAAGCGGGGCAUUGAGAAACCGCCAUUUCAGUUACCGGAGUUUAUUGCCCAAACGGGAAUCGCGGCAGUGCGGGACUCGGUAGCGGAGGACGAUGAGAAGAAAAGGAACAAACAGCGAGCAAGAGAACGUGUUCAGCCCAAGAUGGGACGAGUGGAUAUUGACUAUCAAGUGCUCCAUGAUGCGUUCUUUCGAUUCCAGACAAAGCCUAAGCUGCUCACGCGACUAGGCGAUCUGUACUACGAAGGGAAGGAAUUCGAAGUGAAGCUGAAGACGAAGGUGCCUGGACAAUUGUCGGAUGAGCUCAAAGCAGCACUCGGAAUGGUGGAAGGUGUGCCACCGCCGUGGCUACUAAAUGUACAGCGAUACGGUCCGCCACCAGCCUACCCCAAUCUGAAGAUUCCAGGAUUGAAUGCGCCGAUCCCCGAGGGUUCUAGCUUUGGCUACCAUCCUGGUGGCUGGGGUAAGCCGCCAGUGGACGAGAAUGGUGUGCCUCUCUACGGUGACGUCUUUGGCAAGGCGACCGAGACGGAAACUCAGAGCGAGGAGAUUAAUCGAGAGCGGUGGGGAGAACUCGAAGAGGAAGAAGGUGAAGAAGAAGAGGAUGGUGAGGGUGAAGGAGGAGAAGAAGAAGACGUCGUGGACGGCGUUACUGGAGUGGAAGGUCUUGAUGCGACUGGUGUGGAAACGCCGCUUGUGGACGGCAUUUCGAGUGUUGCAUCGGGUCUUACCACGCCUGGUGUCGUGGAUCUGCGUAAGGGAAUUCGAGGAACAGAAACACCCGAUACCCCUCAGCAGCUCUACACGGUUUUGGAGCAAAAAGAUACAUCCGUGGGCACGUCGCUUUACGGUUCGGCUCAUGCCUAUGUGCUCCCAAGUGCAGCCGAGGAAUCCAGUGGCACGCGCUCGGAGACUGGUCGAGUUCGUCGUCGUUUCGAAGAUACGUCUGCGCUGGCACCUGCUGAUCCUGCAGGUGACGAGGACGAAGCAGCUUCGAAGAAAAAGAAGGCCAAGACGGAGAAGAGCAAGAAGCUCAAGGAUUUCAAAUUCUAG